AUGGCGGCGCCCCACUCCACGAUGAAAUUUUGGAAACCCGGGUCGGAGGCUCCCGGGGUUACCGAGGAGCGAGAGCUGACAACAGAGACUACUGGCUCUCCGGUCAUUUAUAACCCGCACACGGCUCUGUCCAUUGAGAAGCAACGUCAGAAACUGCCAGUGUUUAGGCACAGAAACAACAUCCUUUACUUGGUGGAGAGCUACCAGACUGUAGUGAUUGUUGGAGAGACGGGAUGUGGGAAAAGCACACAGAUACCUCAGUAUUUGCUGGAGGCAGGAUGGGCAGCAGAGGGAAAGGUUAUUGGGGUGACUCAGCCUCGAAGGGUGGCAGCUAUUUCGGUUGCCAAUCGUGUAGCAGAGGAGCGGGGAGCAGUGCUAGGGCAUGAGGUGGGCUACACAAUCAGAUUCGACGACUGCUCUGACCCCCAUGCCACCCGUAUUAAGUUCCUUACAGAUGGAAUGCUGGUGAGGGAGAUGAUGGCUGAUCCACUUUUGAAGAAGUACAGUGUUCUGAUGUUGGAUGAAGCGCAUGAGAGAACCCUCUACACGGAUAUUGCCAUUGGCCUCCUGAAAAAGAUUCAGAAAAAGCGGAGAGACCUUCGCCUGAUUGUGGCCUCUGCAACUCUGGAUGCUAAGAAAUUUCAAGAAUUCUUCAACCUGAAUGAAUCUGGAGAUCCUAGUAAGGACACAUGUGGAAUUCUGACAGUGGAGGGUCGCACCUUCCCUGUGGAUAUUUUUUACACAGUCAGCCCAGUCCCUGACUACGUGAAAGCCACUGUGGAGACUGUGCUAAAGAUUCAUGAGACAGAGGAUGAUGGAGAUGUGCUUGCAUUUCUCACUGGACAGGAAGAGGUGGAGAAGGUGGUAUCUAUGCUGCAGGAACAAGCGCGGACGCUGUCCCGUUACGGCAUGAAGAAACACCUCCGAGUCCUUCCCAUGUAUUCCGGCCUGCCGUACACUGAACAAAUGAAGGUGUUUGAAAGAAUGCCCCCUACUGUUCGCAAGGUGGUGGUUGCCACUAAUAUUGCAGAGACGUCCAUCACCAUAAAUGGUAUUGUGUUUGUCAUCGACUGUGCGUUUGUCAAGCUGAGGGCUUACAACCCGCGCACUGCGAUCGAAUCCCUGAUUGUCACCCCAAUAUCCAAAGCGUCGGCCUCUCAAAGAGCAGGCAGGGCUGGCCGUAAUCGCCCGGGAAAGUGCUUCCGUCUCUACACAGAGGAGGAUUAUGAGGAGUUACCUCCCUCCACGAUUCCUGAGAUGCAGCGCACCAGCCUGGCCCCUGUCAUCCUGCAGCUGAAAGCUCUGGGUAUCGACAACGUGCUGCGAUUCAGCUUUCUGUCUCCGCCACCUGCCCAGUCUAUGGUUCAGGCUUUGGAACUUCUCUAUGCUCUUGGAGGUUUGGACCAAUAUGGACGUCUGACUGACCCUAUGGGUGUGCGAAUGGCUGAGUUUCCCCUCAGCCCAAUGUUUUCUAAGAUGCUUCUGGAGUCGGGCAACUUUGGCUGCUCGAAGGAGAUUGUCACCAUAGCAGCCAUGAUGCAGAUCCAGAAUAUUUUUGUGGUGCCACCCAGUCAGAAGAAGUCAGCUGCCAGAGAACACAGAAAGUUUGCGGUAGCUGAAGGUGACCAUCUCACCAUGCUGAAUGUAUACGAAGCCUUCGUCAAGCACCAGAAAAGUUCUCAGUGGUGUCAGGACCAUUUCCUGAACUACAAAGGUCUCACGCGUGCCGUGACUGUCAGAGAGCAGCUACGACGUCUCAUGAACAAGUUCAAGGUGCCCCGCACCUCCAGUGAGGGUGACCCAGACGUGAUCCUCAAGUGUAUCGUGUCUGGAUUCUUUGCAAAUGCUGCACGCUUGCACCACUCUGGGUCCUACAGGACUCUGAGGGAUGAUCGAGAGCUUCACAUUCAUCCAAACUCUGUGUUGUAUGGAGAGAAGCCCCCAAAAUGGGUGGUUUUUAAUGAAGUGGUACAGACCUCAAAGUACUACAUGCGUGAUGUGACGGCAGUGGAAUCAGCCUGGCUUGUGGAGCUUGCUCCACAUUUCUACAAACAGGCUAAGCAUGGGUCACUGGGCAGCAAGAGAACCAAGGUCUUCUGAGCUGCUUGCUCUGAACUGCUGCUGAAUGUUGGCCCCUUG